AUGUUAGAUAUUAUUCAUAAAAAAGUAAAGUUGGAUAUUGAAUAAAUCUAUAUUGACAAAUCCUGUAGAACAUCAAAUAAUCAAAGAGAAAAUGAAUCUUAAUCAACUAAAUUGUAUUAAGAUAUAAUCAAUGAUCUCCCUAUUACAGGAGAAUGUGACUAAUCAUUCCCUUUAGAUUAAGAAAUCAUUCAAUUACUUAAAUAUUCUUAGUAUUAUGGAAUGUAAAUACUUUCUAAAUUUGUUGACUCUUCAAUACUCAUUGAAAAAUUGAGACUUAAGCAGUUGUAAUUAAAAAAAGAAUUGAUGAUCUAUUUCCUUUAAAAUGUUAGAAGUCAAUCACCAAUUUUACAUGACUUAAUCUAUCUAGAAGCAGCUAAUUUAGAUAAAGAUAUUAGAUAAGCUGCAAUUGAAUGUAUGAGCAGAUUUAAAGUUAUUGAUGAUUAAGAAAUCCUCAAUUUAAUUAGAAAACCUAAAGAUAGCUUAGAAUUAUUAUAAAAUCAUUCAAAAGGACUUCUUAUAUCAAUAUUAGAAGAUUAAUAUUAUAUUAUUAGAAUAAAUGCUAUUAGAGCUAUCAUGAAUUUUAAUAAAUAAUCUACAAUAUUUGCCAAUCAUGUACUAGAAAUAUUAAUCAAUAUGUUAAAUGAUGAAUCUGAUUUAGUAAGAAUAGAAGCAAUUUAAGUACUAUUAAAUUAUCCUAAAAUUGAAUUUAAUAGAGGAGAUUCUAAUGCUAUUAAAUUCAAUUUGAAUGAAUAAAAUUUUAAAUUAAGAAAAGCAAUCUAUGAUCUUAUAGGUUAAUCUAUAUUCCCAGAAACUCUCCAUGAUAUUUUUGAAUCAAGUAAUUAUCCUCUUUAAUUUUAGUCUGUUUCAAUCUAACCAAAUUCCCACAAGAUUUUAUUUAUAUAUCUAAUUCAGUAAGAUAGUUAGCCCUUAAAAAUCCUAAUAUUUUAUCAAUAUCAGAAAUAAUUAAAAAAGAAAGACUUACAUAAGAACCUAACAUUUAUUCAGAAUCAUAAGAAUAUAUUGUAAGAAUGAUCUAUGCUUAUUACACUACAAGAAAAGAUACUGAUCCAUUCUAUUUUUCAAAACAUUUUGCUUAUUUUUCUGAUAAAUAUCCAGAUCUCUUUUAAUCAAAUAAAGUUACUCCAGAUGAAUUUUAUGCCUUUAAAUUAUAUAAUGAAUAUUAGUAACUCAUGAAAGAAGUCUUUAAUUCUCUUAAAAUAUAUAGAUUACAAGAAUGUAAAUAAAUCUAUUCAGAAUUAUGUGCUAAAUAUGAAUUUGAUUAAUCAAUCAUCCCUCCACCACCUUUAGAAUAUAAUCAUGAGUUUAGAAUUCCUAAUUGGGAAAUUACUAAAUUCCAAAGCAGAUCUUUUAAAUUUAUAUUACCAUUAGAAGGAACUAAUUUCAGAGUUUACCCUGAAUUUCCAUUAACUUUUGUAAUAUAGGGAGAAUUUAGAAAUUUAAAAAUGCCUAUAUCAAAAAAUUAUGCUAUAUAACUUUUAUUUAUGGAUGGAACAAGUGAACUUAAUAAGAUUUCUUAAAUUGAAGAUAAUAUAAUUAAAGCUAAUUUAGAAAUGUAAAGAAAAGUAUAAGACUUCUCUUAACCAGCUAAAAUACUAUUUGUGCAAUUAGUAGAUGGAUUAUAAUUAGGUAAUCCUAUAAACAUUUAUCUAUAAAUUUGA